AUGGAAAGAGACUCUGGAAAUUCCACCAUGGCUGAACAGCAGAAGCAGGAGGAGAAGCUCUGGGCUGCCUUAAAGACCAGUGCCUGCGUCCUUGGCACAGGCGUGCUCGUGUUCACUGCCUUGGUGAACUCUCUUUCUUGGUACAUGCAGAAUAUCUGGGACACUUCAGGCCAUUUCUGGCAAACAGCAUGGCUUAAGUUCUACUACCAUUAUGAGGGAGAGGAGUGGACAAUCUUUCUCCUCGGGGCCGCAGUGGUGCCUGGCCUUGCUUUCUGGAGCUUCAAUGGGAUCCUCAUGGUGGCUGAUGUAACAGGAAAGCCAACUUUCAUUACUCGCUAUCGCAUCCAGCCGGGCAAGAAUGAUCCUGUGGACACAAAGAAAUUGCGCCAAGCCAUCUACACAGCGUUAUGCAAUCAGUUCUUUGUCUCCUUGCCCAUGCUCGUGCCCAUGUUCUAUGUCAUGAAGUGGUGGGGCAACACCUUCAGCAAGGAAUUACCCACCUUCCGCUGGUUUCUUGUGGAGCUAAGCGUCUUUACCGUGAUAGAGGAAAUUCUCUUCUAUUAUACACACAGGCUUGUUCACCUCCCAGUCCUGUAUAAACACAUUCACAAGAAGCACCACGAAUGGACAGCCCCCAUUGGCGUGGUCUCCAUUUAUGCUCACCCACUAGAACACAUAAUCUCCAACACCCUGCCUGUGAUAACCGGCCCGAUGGUCAUGGGGUCUCACAUCAUUUCAAUUGCAGCGUGGAUCUCCAUUGCUCUCGUAACAACAAGCAUUUCACACUGUGGCUACCACCUGCCCUUCCUGCCCUCGCCAGAGUUCCACGACUUCCACCACCUCAAGUUCAACCAGUGCUACGGAGUCCUGGGAGUGCUAGAUUAUCUGCAUGGAACGGACACAGUGUUCAGACAAAGCAAAGCCUUUGAGAGACACAGGUUCCUGCUCAGCCUCACCCCACUCUCCGAGAGCAUCCCCGAGGUGCCCAAGAGGGCAGAGUGA